UAACAUGGCGAGAGCUGUUCUGUUCCCUAUUCUCCUCCCUAGUCUGAGCGAAGGGAUUUGUAACUGAGGGCAUUUAAUGAAGAUCGAAGGCACUGCCAGCGAGGGGCAAACACACACAAACACACAGAGCAACAAAGUUAAAGGAAGGCAGUAAGCAGAGGAUUCCAUGAAUGUAUGUCACAAUGAUGAUGACAGACCAGAUUCCCUUGGAACUGCCACCUUUACUCAACGGAGAACUCCCCAUGAUGCCUCACUUGGUCAAUGGUGAUGGUUCACAACAGGUUAUUUUAGUUCAGGUUAAUCCGGGAGAAACCUUCACCAUAAGAGCAGAAGAUGGAUCUUUGCAGUGUAUCCAAGGCCCGGCAGAGGUUCCCAUGAUGUCCCCUAAUGGAUCCAUUCCCCCAAUUCACGUUCCACCAGGAUACAUCUCACAGGUGAUCGAGGAUAACACUGGGGUCCGCAGGGUUGUGGUCACUCCGCAGUCUCCAGAAUGCUUCCCGCCAAGCUACCCAUCAGCCAUCUCACCGACCCAUCACCUGCCUCCAUACAUCACCCACCACCCUCAUCUCAUCCCUCACUCACAUGCAGCCUAUUAUCCCCCAGUCACUGGGCCAGGAGACCUACCACCUCAGUUCUUCCAACACCACCUCCCACCAACAAUAUACGGGGAACAAGAAUUCAUACCUUUAUAUGGAAUGUCCAGUUAUAUAACGAGAGAAGACCAGUACAGCAAACAUGAUCGACUGCACAAAAAGCUCAAGAUUGACCGACAGAACCGAUUAAACAGCCCGCCCUCUACCAUCUACAAGAACCAUAUGAGCUCCUGUGCCACGAUAUACAAUGGCUAUGGGAAGGGAGCGUGUGUGGCGGGGGUGGGAGGGGGCGGAGGAACUGGCAUCAAGAAGUCAGAACGGAGAGCAAGGAGCAGCCCCAGGAUGAAUGAGCAGGACGUCCAAGAUUUCGAUUCAGAAACAAAAAGGGUCCAAGACAUGCUUUCUGGGAUGGGGAGGCCACAGGUGUCCAAUGUCCAGGCCAGGGCAGCUCUGCUCAGCUGGGCUCCUCCUGUAGGCCUGACAAAUGGGGACAAGCACACCAACAGCCUGCCUUACACCUGUAACUAUGAAGUAGCCUCUUCGGAUAAGGGAAAGGACGGGAAGUACAAGAUUAUUUAUAGUGGAGGAGAUUUAGAAUGCAGCCUGACUGAUUUACAACCAACAACAGACUAUCACAUCAGAGUUUCCACAAUCUACAAUUCAGUGAAAGGAUCAUAUUCGGAACCUGUCAGCUUCACCACUCAGAGCUGUGCCCCAGAUACUCCAUCCCCACCAAAACUCUCUCAUCGGACCAAAAGCACACUGACUGUACAAUGGAAGGCACCUGUCGAUAAUGGAUCAAAAAUUACCAGCUACCUGCUGGAGUGGGAUGAGGGGAAACGGAACAACAGAUUUCGGGAAUGUUACUUUGGUAGCCAGCGGCACUAUAAACUAACCAAACUCUUACCGGCCAUUGGUUACACCUUUCGGUUAGCAGCGUGCAAUGAUAUCGGUACCAGUGGUUUCAGCCAGGAAGUGGUCUGUUACACAACAGGGAACCUCCCACAGACGCCUGCAGCCCCUCGAUUGGUCCGUGCAGGAGUCACAUGGGUGGCGUUACAGUGGAACCGACCAGAUGGUUCAUCAGCAGAAGAACAGAUUACCUACACGCUGGAGAUGGAGGACGAGAGUUCGGUUGGUGGCUUUCAGUCGAUGUAUACGGGUGAGGAUACAACCAGCACUGUGAAGACUCUCACCAGAAGCACACAGUACAAGUUCAGGCUGAUAGCUUCCAACACAGAAGGCAGCAGCAGUCCCAGCGAAGUGCUUGUGUGUAUCACCAAUCCUGACCAACCGGGACCUCCAUCCACGCCUUACAUCAUUGGCCAGCCGCUAUCUCACAGCCUUCAUCUGAAGUGGGACCCCCCAGAAGACAAUGGUGGAUCAGAAAUUCUCAAGUAUCUGCUGGAGAUUUCUGAGGGGAGUUCUGAGGGAAGCCAAUGGGAGGUGGUGUACAGCGGAUCAGCCAAUGAGACCGUCUGCCAUGAGCUGAAGCCAGGCACUUUGUACAGGUUCAGGGUCUGCUGUAUCAGCACAGGGGGCCACAGUCAGUGCUCAGACAGUCUAUCCAUUCGCACGCAGAGUAUUGCACCCGGCCUGUGUCAACCACCAAGGCUUGUGGGGAAACCGAAACACAAAGAGUUCCAGAUACAAUGGGGACCUCCAGAUGGUGACUCGAUAGUAACAGAAUACACUUUGGAGAUGAGCCAAGGAGAAUUGGUUCCUUCGGAGGUUUACUGUGGUCCUGACCUGGAAUGUACUGUCAGUAGCCUUCUGCCUGGGACCACCUAUCAGUUCAGGGUGAGAGCUACCAAUGAAGCAGGGUAUGGCCCUUACUCUGCAGCAACAGAUCUCACAACAGCAACAGGACCACCAGUUCAGUGUAAAGCACCUUCACUUUCCUGCACAUCCACCACAAGUGUACUUGUGAGCUGGGAGGGCCCUGACAAUGAUGGUGCCGAUAUAUCAGAGUACAGACUGGAAUGGGGAGAAGAGGAGGAGUCCAUGGAACUAGUUUACUGUGGAAUGGAGACGGCUUUCGAGCUGGACAACCUGAAACCAGCUGCACGUUACUGCUGCCGAUUACAGGCUACUAACCAGGCAGGUGCGGGGCCUUACAGCAGUGUGAUCACCCACACAACCCCUGCCUCAGUCCCUGCUGCUGUCUCCACCCUCUACGUCUUGGAUGACCAACACCUGGACCCUUGUCUGACCUCGUCUUCCACCUGCCUCGCGGUCAAGUGGGCUGAACCUUGCAGUAACGGGUCUGAGAUCCUCUCAUACAGCAUAGACCUCGGAGAGAGCCAGCUAACUGUGGACAAUGUCACGGCCUAUGUCAUACGGGAUCUCCUGCCAGACACCUCCUACAGGAUCAGGAUUCAGGCGGUGAAUGGAAUCGGUGCUGGUCCCUUCAGCCACACAGUGAAAGCCAAGACAAGACCCCUGCCACCAGCUCCUCCAAGGCUAGAAUGUGCUGCCUCAGGCCCCCAGAGCCUUAAGCUGAAGUGGGGGGACAGCAGCAGUACCAAAGUACUAACCACCGAUAUAGAAACUAUCUACAUGCUACAGAUGGAGGAACGGAGUGGAAAGUUUAUUCCAAUCUAUAGAGGGCCAAGCCACACUUACAAGGUGCAGAGGCUAACGGAAUCCACGUAUUACAGCUUCCGAAUCCAGGCAGUCAGUGAUGCUGGUGAGGGGCCCUUCUCUGAGGUCCAUGUGUUCAGUACAAGCAAACUAGUCCCUCCUGCUGUCAAAGCUCCUCGGGUGACCCAAUUGGAAGGAACAGCCUGCGAGGUCACGUGGGAAGGACUCCCACCAAUGAGAGGCGACCCAAUGAGUUACAUUCUCCAGGUCACCGUGGGCAGGGAGUUGGAUUAUAAACAGGUGUACAAGGGAGAGGACACAACAUUCCAGAUCUCAGGCCUCCAGACAAACACAGACUACCGGUUCCGAGUCAGCGUCUGCCGCUGUUGCCAGGACAUGUCACAAGAGCUGACUGGACCCUUUAGCCCGUCUGCCAUUUUCACACUACGGAGAAAGGAGUCUCCUCCUGUCAGUGAACUGCGAACCACAGAAAUGGCCAAAAUGAGGAGCGUGAUGCCCAGCGACGAGCAAUUUGCUGCCCUCAUCCUGGCGGGAUUUGCCAGUUUAUCCAUCUUUAUUGCCUUUGUUUUACAAUAUUUCAUCAUGAAGUAACAGAGGACGAAGAAAGCAAAAAAAAACGUUACGCAUAUAACUCUUGAGGUAUAAACUUAGCCACGUACUAGUGCCAGCAAAACUCAUUUAAAUAUUCCUGUCGAACUUC